CUUAGUCCUGAGCUGGGCUGAGCACUACACUGUGGCAUGUAGACCUCACUGAGAAUUGUUGUGGUUGUAACUACUCUUGGCUUCUCUGAAGGUUUUAUGUUUGUGUUUCCUGUUUAACCUUGUUAACGAGUGAGAUACGGGCCUGUGUAAUUACGCCAGAGACCUUAAUGCAGGCCUUUGGGUUCUACUCCAGUUGGAUAUCAGCUGUCCUUUGCCCUUAGCAAAACACACAUUUGCUUUUUCUGUUCUCUCAUCUAUCAAAUAAGAAGGGCAUAUCCUGCCAGAGAUAAAGGAAUUUUUGGUGUCCUGAACAGCUGCAGCUCCCCUUGAAAUGAUGGAUGGGAUAAAAAUUUGUCAAGGCAUGACGAUGUCACGUCAGGAAAGUGAGUAAGUGGCACGUAUCUGAAAUGCCACUGAGGGCUGUGAAGUUUUCUUCCUUAGAGUUGUCCGUGUUCUGAAAACGAAUUUUGCAGUGUGCCUUCUGCAGUGCUCUCCAGCCCUUUUGGAGAGCAGACUGGCUGCUGGGUGGACAUCGUCUCUUUUUCUGAGGAUAAUGAUGGGCAAAUCCAAAGCCUGACUGAUAUAACAAGUCUCAGUGGACACUGCUGAGACCACUGUAUUCAGUUCCAUGAUUGUUUCUGUAUUAUUUUAGCUCUUUGAAGUCCACCCUGUCUGGUCUCAGAAUGCAGUAAAAGCCAGAAUCAGUGUCCACCCGGACAAGCUGAAACUUCUUGUGCUGCAUUUGGCCUAUUACAUGGUGAGCCUGUACAUCUGCCCUUGUGUAGAUGUCUGGGGCUGCUUGAGGCAGAGCAAGGGGGCAUCACCUGGGUGUUCCUGGCUCUUUACAUCUUGUGUAGGACGCUAGGUCUCAGACUUUGAGACAGAAGAUUCCCCUGCUAUGAUUUUGCAGAGGGUAAGGUGAGGGAAAGGACUGUCUGAGGUCAUCUAGUAAGUCCAUGACAGAGCUGGCACCCAGUCAUUAACAUCAGAUCACAUCUCCACUCAUUAGUCUGCCAUUGUUGGCUGUAUUGUUACCACCCCAUCACAGAGAUUAAGGAUCUGCUGGCAUUUGCUAAGUCUUGUGUAUUCCCAGUGUGUUACGAGUACAAGGUUUCUCUUUAGUGGCCAACUAUAUGCUCUAAUGCAUGGUCUAAUAUGAUUUCAGCCUCCUACACUUGUGUGAGGCUUCUCAAGGCUUCAGCAUUUUUUUAUGUUCUCUAGAGUUUUGUCAGAGUGAGAUAUUUCCUUAAGUUUGGCCUCCAGCCCACAAAGGCAGCAUCUGCAGGGCUCUCACACAGUGACCCAAGUCUACCUCAGCCAUGGUUUGGCCUCAGCCUACUGAAGGACAAGCGUGUAGAGGCUCCCCUGGUUUACUUUAGAGCCAGGUCUGGGUCAUGGCAUUGACACACAGCUGCACCCAUAGCUAUAUAUAUGUGAGUCUCCACCUGGGGAGUAUCUCCUGAGGUGUUCGGUCACCAUGGCUCGCUGGGAGGUCCUGUGCUUUGCCUUGUGCUGCUACCUCGGGGUAGCACGGGCUGCAACCCUGGGUGUGGUGUACACCGAGGGCGGUUUUGUGGAAGGCGAGAGUAAAAAACUGGGACUCUUUGGAGAUUACAUUGACAUCUUCAGAGGGAUCCCCUUUGCUGCCCCUUCAAAGACUCUGGAAGACCCCCAACCUCAUCCUGGCUGGGAGGGAACACUGCAGGCAAAAAAAUUCAAACCCCGCUGCAUGCAGAUGACACUCACACAAACUGAUGUCCGCGGGAGCGAGGACUGUCUCUAUCUGAACAUCUGGAUCCCUCAAGGAAAGAGACAGGUCUCCACCAACUUGCCAGUGAUGGUCUGGAUCUAUGGCGGCGCCUUCCUUGUAGGAGGGGGCCAGGGAGCCAACUUCCUUGAUAACUACCUCUAUGAUGGUGAGGAGAUCGCCGUGCGGGGCAACGUGAUUGUAGUGACCCUCAACUAUCGUCUGGGGCCCCUCGGCUUCCUGAGCACUGGAGACGAAAACUUGCCAGGGAACUAUGGGCUGAAGGACCAGCACAUGGCUAUUGCCUGGGUGAAGAGGAAUAUCAAGGCUUUUGGAGGUGACCCAGAAAAUAUCACCAUCUUUGGCGAAUCAGCUGGUGCCGCCAGUGUCUCCCUGCAGACGUUGAGCCCAAAGAACAAGGGCCUGUUCAAGAGAGCCAUCAGCCAGAGCGGCGUCGGUCUCUGCAGCUGGGCCGUGCAGAGGGACCCACUCGCCUGGGCUAAAAAGCUUGGACAAAAGCUGGGCUGCCACACUGACAACACCACCGCCUUGGCCAACUGCCUGCGCUCCGCCGACCCCAAAGCUCUGACACUGGCCUACCACCUGCAGCUGACCAAUCUGCCCGCUCCACUGGUUCACACACUGGCCCUCUCUCCUGUGGUCGAUGGAGACUUCCUUCCAGACAUGCCAGAGAACCUCUUUGCCAAUGCUGCUGAGAUUGACUACAUUGCUGGGGUCAAUGACAUGGAUGGACACUUCUUUGCUGGCAUUGAUUUACCCGCUAUCAACCGCCCAUUUGCGAAAGUCACUCCGGAGGAGUUCUAUAACUUGGUCAAAGGACUUACUGUGGACAGAGGCGAGCGUGGAGCCAACGUGACAUACAGUAUCUACACGCAAACAUGGGGCGACAGCCCGAGCCAGGAGCUCAUAAAGAAGACAGUGGUGGGCCUGAUUACUGACUACAUUUUCCUGGUUCCCACACAGUGGGCACUGAAUCUGCACCUGCAGAAUGCCCGGAAUGCCAAGACAUACAGCUACGUGUUCUCCCAGCCAUCCCGAAUGCCCGUCUACCCAAGCUGGGUAGGGGCAGACCACGCUGAUGACCUGCAGUACGUGUUUGGGAAACCCUUUGCCACUCCCCUGGGCUAUCUGCCCAAGCACAGGACUGUCUCAAGUGCCAUGAUUGCUUACUGGACCAACUUUGCCAGGACAGGUGAUCCCAACAAAGGGAAUUCAAAGGUACCUGUUAACUGGCCGCCCUACACCAAUGAGGCCACUUACUACCUGGAAAUCAACAACAAGUUGAGCGAGAACUCUGUGAAGCAGAAUCUGAAAACCCGGUAUGUGACCUUCUGGAACACAGUCUAUCGGAGUCUGCCACAGGUUGCCAACAUCUCCGUGGCUGAUGACUUGCCAUGGAGCUAUGAAGAAAACACCUUUUAAAGAUUGGCCCAAUUCAUUAAAGGCUUGCUUGUAACUGAGCGA